GCUGCCGCCCCCCGCCCCUUUGGUAAUAUCAUGAAAUAUGACUCCUUUUGAGAUAAGAUUUCUGGAGAGAAGUAAAGAAGCAACAUAUAAAAGACAUAAAUAUUUAUAAGUAAUGUCAGUUAAUUUGCCAUUCGAUACAUAUUUGUACUUUCUGAUUAACACAAGGAGCCUUUGGUGGAAGCAGAGAAACAAGCAACUGUACUACUUGUGUAGACCUAAACUUUAUUGGAGGAUUAGUCACACUAUUCCUCUUAGAGUUUUUCAUACAAGCAAAACUCAAUGUAAAUGGACUAAAAGCAAAACAUUGGAGAAUAGUAAACACAUUUAUAGUCGUGACACUUUAUAUUAUAGAGUUUCUAAACAUAGCACUUCUGCUCCCAAGGGACUAACAAAGGUGAAUAAUCAUAUGUCACGAAUUAAGAACACUUUAGAAUCUGUUUCAAAGGCUGUUUCAGGCACUCACAGUGAACUGGUUGCACGAAUAGCUCGAUUCAAGCCCAACUCAGGCAUACUUGGAAAAGCAUUUGAAAGUAAUGUUCAGGAAAAUAAUCUCAAGGUAAACGCAGAAAAUGAUAAAGAAACUACAUGUGCUGGAGCUCAGGGAAAUUACAAAAAUUCCCUAGUUGAAAAGGACUUUGUUCAUACAGAUAAAAACACAGAGUCUACAUUGAUAAGAAAAAGUAGUGCUAAUCAAGAUACUCUAAAAUAUUCUGUAGAUGUUAAAAAUAACCUUUUUCAUGUAAGCUAUUUCAGUACAAAUUUUGGAGAGACUUUCAACUUUUUAGCAAAUCAUAUCAACUGGUAUUUUGGCAUUAAUACUGUUAUGGAUCAAGAGAAGAAAAGGAAUGCUUUUCCACAAGACUCUAAGAACAUACUUGGAGAUAAACUUGAUUCACCAGAAAGUGACAUAAUGAGUAAUGAAAAUAGGAUGAAGUCAGUAUCUGCUUUAAUUUCUACAGCUGAGAUUCAAGAUGCUGAAAAGACAAAUACAUCUCUUCCAACUUCCCCUAAGAAGAGCAUUUCAAACUUCCUUUCAUACCCUGGUAACAGUGUACAAGCUUUUGUGGACAAUUAUAUUGGUGGUCUGGUCCCCAAGUUGAGAUCUGAGACAAAAGCCGCUUCACAAGAUAAAACACAAGAAGGUGAAGAAUCUUUGAAAGAUGAAGAGGAUGGCAGCAAAGAGAUCAAAACUGAAGAAGGGAAGGAAAAGCGUUUGUCUCUUCAAAGAGAAAAGAUUAUUGCAAGAGUGAGUAUUGAUAACAGAACACGAGCUUUAGUUCAGGCCUUACGAAGAUCUUCUAACCGAAGAGUCUCUAUAAACAGGAUUGAAGAAUUAACUUAUCAUCUUCUGGAGUUUCCAGAAACCAGAGGAGUUGCCAUAAAGGAAAAAAUAAUUCCAUGCUUACUACAGCUGAGACAAGGAAUUGAUGAAACUGUUCAUGCUGCUGUUCGGGAAGCUUUGGCUAUAAUUGGAUAUACUGACCCUGUGAAAGGCUGGGGAAUUCGAAUUCUCACUAUUGAUGGAGGAGGAACAAGGGGUUUAGUAGCGCUUCAGACUUUACGUAAACUAGAAGAACUUACUGGGAAGCCUGUUCAUCAACUUUUUGACUACAUUUGCGGUGUAAGCACAGGUGCUAUAUUAGCAUUUAUGUUGGGGUUGUUCCAUCUUUCCCUGAAUGAAUGUGAGGAGCUGUAUCAAAAGUUAGGAUCAGAUGUGUUUAAGCAGAAUGUCAUUGUCGGGACAAUGAAAAUGGGUUGGAACCAUGCAUUUUAUGACAGUGAUAUCUGGGAAAAGAUGCUCAAAGAUAGAAUGGGAUCAGAUCUUAUGAUUGAAACUGCAAGAAAUCCCAAAUGUCCUAAGGUAGCUGCAGUAAGCACCAUUGUAAACAGAGGAAUACCACUGAAAGCAUUUGUGUUUAGAAACUACAACCACUUUCCAGGUAUCAAGUCUCACUACAUUGGAGGUUGUCAGUAUAAACUAUGGCAAGCCAUUAGAGCAUCAUCUGCUGCACCUGGCUAUUUUCAGGAGUAUGUCUUGGGUAAUGACCUUCAUCAGGAUGGAGGUCUGCUGCUGAAUAAUCCCACUGCGUUAGCGGUCCAUGAGUGCAAAUGCCUUUGGCCAAAUGUUCCACUGCAGUGUGUAAUAUCGUUGGGCACUGGUCGAUAUGAAAGCGAGAGGAAGAACAGCAUCACACACACAAGUUUGAAAACCAAACUUACAAAUGUUAUCAGCAGCGCUACUGAUACAGAAGAAGUCCAUACUAUGUUGGAUGGCCUAUUACCUCCAGACACCUAUUUCAGAUUUAAUCCUCUGAUGAAUGAAGACAUACCUCUGGAUGAGAAUCGUAAAGAAAAACUCAAUCAGUUGCGUACAGAUGGAAUACGGUAUUUAGAACGAAAUGAAGAAAAAAUUAAAAAAGCUGCUAAAAUCCUAACACAAGAAAAAACACUUUUGCAGAGAUUUAAUGACUGGCUAAAAUUAAAAGCUGAGAUGUGUGAAGGACUUCCAUUUCUUUCCAAACUGUGAAUAUGUAAUUUAUGAACACUCAUAUAUACCGUUCCAGAAAAUCCAGCCAAUACUAUAAGGGAGCUAUGCUUAUAUACUGUUACUGUAGAAUUCUGGAUUGCUGUCAAAGUCCAGGAAAUGCUGGAGAAAGGAGUUCUCACUCAAGCAUUGGUAUAGUGCUGCCUGUUUUGUACAUACAUCCUUGGAAUAAGGUUUCAUGGUGUUCCUCUUUUGAGGUUUAGGAACAUUACUUGGUAUGAAUUAAUUCGAGUAGAAUACUGGUGGGUUUUUUUUUUUUUCUGGCUGUUCAUGUAGGCCUGUUUUAGAUUCAUUUCACCUAGCUCAAUUUUGCCAACUAAGAUUGACAAUUAUGAAAAACAUAUGUGCUAUACAUUUUUGUAAGUAUAUGCCAUAAUCAUGUUGACAGUAACACCUUGUUUAUGUACCUACUAUUGAAUUUAAAAUAAAAACAAAAAUUAGACUGAUUUCGAAGUAUAUCAUAGGUACUGUAGUAUAGACUGCAAGCUGUUUUACUGCCAGUGUAGGUAAUAUCCUUUCAGUUUAUGAAAACACAGAACUUUUCCAUUUAAAAGAUAAUGUUAAUAUAAUUAGUUUUAAAUGUGCACUUUUUUUUGCGUGUAACAAUUGACUUUGUCCAGUAAGAUGUUUGCUUAUUAUAAAAAGAUAUAAAAUAUUCAAAAU